AUAGUCCUGAGAAACAGGAUCACCAUUGCGUUUCGUUCAGGCGACAGUACUUUCCGGUGAAACGCGCGACUUGCUCAUUGUAAACAAACAGCUGUCAAAACGUGGCCUUGAAUAACGCUAGUCCGCAUCGUUAUCUCUCGAUCGGGAGAUCUGCCUCGGAAUUUUGGCACUUGGAUGAAAGAAAGUCACUUGACACCUGAACACGGCGUAUCUGUCCUUCAAUAUUUCUGAGUUUUGCGAUGUCCAGGAUUUUAAGUACUUGAAAAGUAAUUUAAAGUGGCAUUCAAAAUGGAGAAGGCGUUAGCUGCGACGGGUCACCGCGGCGUGCAGUUAGCUUCGGACUGGCUACUGGCUCACGUGAGAGAUCCGACCUUGGAUUCUGACGUUCAACGGCAAUAUGUCCUAUACGCGUGUCCCACUGGACUGUUGGCUGAACAGCUCGAGCUCUUUUGGUCGGAGAGCAAAGACCUGGGAUGGAACGGUGCCCACAACUUUAUACCACACAUUACUCUCGUCUCCUUUUUCAAUGCUCCUGAUGAGUUCACGGAAGAACUAGCGAACGCGCUUGAGAAUGUGGUUCAUCAGGACAGUUUACAUGAGAGUGUCGAAUUGGAAACGUACGUGUCGCCUAAUUUCAUGGGUCUGUUUGUCAAGGACACGAACGCAGAAUGGCUAAAGAACAUUGCUGUCCGCUACGUUAACAAAAUUGCCGCUCUAGGUAUCACUGCCGAACCACAAGUGAAGUCCCUGCACCUCACGCUGGCUUACCUGUUCCCCAGCAACCUAUUUCAGUCUCUCCGCUCGAUGGUCGAGAAGCUAGGGCUGAACACGCCGGCCAACUGGGAGUUCAGAUUGUACUCGAGGGACUCGAGAUUGCAGAAUUUGCACGUGCACAAAGUGACGCACCCGCAUGUGCCUCAGGAGCACGACGAGCUAGAGUUAAGGGUAGGCGACUACAUUUACGUUCCAGAAGGCGCGUGUAGCGCGUCCACGGACGGUUGGGUAGAGGGUAUCUCUUGGUUGACCGGCAUAUCGGGCCACCUGCCGUUGAAUCACACCAAGAGGACCGCGGAAUCGGACUCGUGGACGCUUCACAUCACCGUGCCGAUCACCGAGAACAAGUGCGAGAGCACGGAAGAAGAGGAGAUUCCGCGGAUCAGGCCGCCGCCGGUUCUCUCGCCGAACGACUCCACGGAUACCCCCGAUGGGAUUCCCACCGCCGAGGAACCGAUGACAGCGUCCGAAGCGCCCGAAACACCGUCCAGAGAGAUCUUUAUAUGCCGACACGGCGAGAGAGUAGACUUUACCUUCGGCGCGUGGAUCCCGUACUGUUUCGAGUCGAACGGCUGCUACGUGCGCCGCGACCUAAAUAUGCCGAAGGAGAUACCGUCUAGGAAUAUCCAGGACUUUCAGAACGACAGUCCUCUGACCACCGUUGGCGAGAUGCAGGCGGGUCUGGUAGGCGAGGCCAUGAAAUCGGCGAAUAUCAAGAUAGACGUCGCCUUCACGUCGCCGUCGUUGCGUUGCGUCCAGACGCUUGCCCAUAUUCUAAAGGGACUCGAAUCCAACAUUCCGGUAAAGAUAGAGCCAGGCUUGAUAGAGUGGCUAGCCUGGUAUCCAAAUGGCAUACCUGUCUGGAUGACCUCUGACGAAUUGAUCAAAGCAGGUUUCAACGUCGACAACGACUACGAUCCGAUCGUGAAGUCCAAGGAGUUACCGCUCAAGGAGAACGCCGCGCAGUAUUACGAGCGCAGCUACGAGUUGAUCAAGAAAAUCAUAGAGAAUACUGCCGGCAACGUUCUAAUAGUGGCGCACGCCGCCUCCCUCGCGGCUUGCACCAGACAAUUAACCGGCGGCAGGGUACCUCCGGCGGCCGAAGUAACGAGAUUAGUUCAAAGAGUACCUUAUCUGGCGUGCUUAACCGCGCGCCAGGGUAUUGAUGGAUGGCAGCUGCAUCCUCCUCCCUUCCCACCAAUUACCCACACCAGUAACAGCAGAUUUGAUUGGAAAGUCUUGAUGUAAUGUGAACCUUGCGGUAGCUCUAGUUUUUUCUUAAACGAGACAUACAUUACGAAGGCUAUACAUAGCGUACAUACGGAAGACUGUUACAAUGAAUUUUUAUGCAGGGCUCUUUACCUGAUGUCAUCAGAGUGGCAUUGAGAGAAACAACAGUAUUCAACGAAUUAGAGAAAGAGAUUUUUCGGAAAGUUACAAGUUGAACGACGACUGUUAGAUGAUACUUUCUCAGAGAAUUAUCAAUACGGGUAUCCAGAUAGAACUUCAUUCCUCGACUACGAUUGAGAUGUAUAGAACAAAUACUAGCCAAAAUGUUACUAUUGGUAUUGUGCUACAUUGAUUUGCUAAAUAUCUAAUAUAUAUAUAGAUGACGUAUACUAGUCUUGAUCGCAUAUCUUUCCUUGCCGAGUCUUGGAUGAGGCACUAAAUACAAGAGAUUAAGCGGUAUUUAAUACUUUAAAGUAACGUGCUGUUUUUGAUCAGUAUUCACGUAGCUUUCUCUCUAGCUCUGUCCUAUUUCUUUGACACGUAAUGAAACUGUAUACUAGAGUAGAAACGCCUAUCGGUCUAAAGAGAAUCCAUCAGAGUGCACGUUAUUCGCAAUUCUCAGUCGAUAAAUAAAUAUUCUAUGUGAGGUUUAUCAUCACAUCUCUCUUGGAAACAUAUAGAAUUAUCGCGUGUGUCAAUUAAAUGUGAAACGUUAGGUCUAAUCCGAUGCUGUCUACUAUAUCGCAUCGUAGUAAAUUAUGAUACAGAGAAUGAAAAUAUGUUUAUAGUAUCGAUGUUACCUUUUAUAGAGAAUGACAUUUAUAUGUAUAUACUUGGAGGCGAGGUCGGUUUUUGGCGAUGUUGCUGUUUGAAAUAACUUACAUAUUCUUCCGAUUACGUUCCAAAGCAGAAAAAGAUUUUUAAAAAAAAGGUGUCUACGUAUAUUUAUAUACAAGCACAUGUGUAUAUACAUAUAUGUAUAAAGCACGUAGUAUUUUAUGAAACAUAUAUUACACAAUCUCUCCUCUCUCGUCUCUUUAUAAUAUUACUAACAACUUAUUCCUCUUCUCUUUGCGCAGUACAAAUUUAUUCAGAUGUAUCAUAUACAAUUCCCGAUGUACAAAAAAACAUUGUGCUAUAUACAGACAAGAAUUAUCAAAAUAUAACAAGAGGAU